AUGUCAAUACCGAUGGGUGAAGAAAAUUUUCCAAAAGUUGAGGGUGGCGGAUCAUUGAUACUGGCAUGGCAAAUCAAGAAUAAACGAGUAUUAGUAGUUGGAGGCGGAGAGGUUGCAGCAGGUCGAAUCUUGAACGUUUUAAAUGCAGAUGCAAAGGUCACUGUUGUAUCACCUCGAGAAGGUCUAAACCCAGAAGUCGCAUAUCGAGUACAAGAGGGACAAGUCGACUUUGUGGAUAGGAAGUUCGAACCAUCCGAUCUCGACAAUGUUGACAUGGUAUUGACUGCCGUCGAUGACCCGGAAGCAUCUUCACAGAUAUGGAAAUUAUGUAAGGAAAGGAAAAUAGCAGCGAACAUUGCAGAUGUGCCCCCUGAAUGUGACUUCUACUUUGGAAGUGUUCAUCGAGAUGGUCCUUUACAAAUCAUGGUUAGCACAAAUGGGAAAGGUCCACGAUUUGCCAAUAUUGUAAGGAGACAAAUUGCUUCGAAUUUACCAGACAAAAUUGGAGAAGGGAUAGAGAAGAUUGGUAAAUUAAGGCAAAUGCUCAGGAAGGUUGCACCAGGACCAGAAGAAGGGCCCAAGAGGAUGGCGUGGAUGAUCAAAGUUAGCGACGCUUAUAGUUUAGAAGACCUACAUGCGAUGAACGAAGAAGAUAUGGAGAUGCUACUAAGAUUCUACGCCCCAAAUCAAGUCCCACGAUUUCACUGUUUGCAGAAAAUGAAAGAUAAGUCGUGGGACUUGGGAUGUUUACGACCAUUGAAGGGUGAGGAUGAAACUUUUGAUGGCUCUUGGGGAUUCUCAGUGGGAUGGGGUUGA